AUGUACGUCCGGAAGGGUAUAGAGCAAAAGACAGCACAGGAGAGUCUAGCUACCGUGGUGGGCUGGUACAACGCAAGGUUUUCUCAUCUGAACCACAAGAAACGAGCUGUUGCCUUAUCUGAUGUCAGAGGGCAUUACCAGCUGAUGAACCGUUUGCAUAAAGUGUUCUUCAUCGUGUUUCGAGAAGCACUGGAAACAAGCAUUAUAGUUUCCAUUCUUCUCACGUUUCUGAGGAAUCAGCUUGGUCCUCAGCACGAUGCCCAAGUGUACCAAAAAUUGAGGAAGCAGGUCUGGCUAGGUACUGUCUUGGGCCUGGCUGUCUGUCUGAUCAUCGGAUGCGCCUUGAUUGGCGUAUUUUAUUCACUCGGGAGAAAUGAAUGGUCAAAGGCGGAAGCGCUAUGGGAAGGGGUUUUUGCCUUGAUAGCGUCUCUGAUUAUCACUUUAAUGGGGGCUGCCUUGCUUCGGGUCUCAAAACUCCAAGCAAAGUGGCGCGUCAAGCUGGCAAAGGCUCUAGAGUCAAAGUCAGAUGAUAGUCGACGCCGGUCAGCUUGGGGAAGAUUCAAGAUCUGGUGUGAAAAGUAUGCCAUGUUCAUGUUGCCAUUCGUUACCGUUCUGCGCGAAGGGUUAGAGGCCGUUGUGUUUAUCGGGGGCGUUAGUCUGGGUGCCCCUGCUUCAGCGAUCCCGAUACCAACCAUUGUUGGGCUGCUUGCAGGUGCUGCCAUUGGAUAUAUGAUCUACAAAGGGGGAAACUUUGCCCCCAUCCAGAUGUUCCUCAUUAUAUCAACCUGUUUCUUGUAUUUAGUAGCAAGCGGGUUAUUUUCCCGAAGUGUGGGAUUCUUUGAGCAAUACAAGUGGAACAUGAUAGUUGGUGGUGAUGCAGCCGAAACUGGGGUUGGUCCUGGAUCAUACGAUAUUCGAUCUAGCGUUUGGCAUGUUAAUGUAAGUUCUCGAAAAGUUGCUAAUGGAGAUGAUGGAACUAGCUAA